UUGACAGGACAACAUAAUAUCAAUCAGCGUUUGUAAUAGGUUUUCUUAUGCCAGCGAGGACAGAUCGACGUGAUGUAGCUUCCCAAAGAAAUAAGACAGAUUUGUGAUAGUGUGUUGUCAAAAAAGUUCGUCCUUUCUUUGAAGUUUUCCAGUUGAUGUAAAGGUUUUACGCAUCAAUGUUAUAAAAGCAAAUCAAGCAACUAGCACUGCGGUAGAGUUCUAAAAAGAUGGAUCCCACACCCCCAAGAAAACCUAAAGAAAAUCGACCAUUUUAUGCCCCGCCAGAAGACAAGCCAAGUGCUGUACAGAUCAUUAAUGAGGCUCGUUCUUCACUCAAGGAACUUAAAACCAAACGACCUUUCACCCCUCGGGAAGACAGAAGAACGUUAUUUGGGCCUCGUCCUGUUAAUACCGCAGAUAAUAGACCUCCCAGUGCUUUCAGUCUUGACUCGAGGCAUUUUGACCCAGACUCCCGGCCAGUUUCUGGCACCAGGCUCAGUCCCCUAGAUCAUAAGCCAUCAAUUUCCACUGUAGAGGAAGAUGUUGCCAGACUGCCAACAGAGAGCGAGGUUGAGAGUUUAUUACUGCCGCCCAAGCCGCCCACAGACUCUGGCAAGCCUAGUAAGACACGAGCCCGGGCACGCUAUGCUAACAGUGGGGAUAACUCCUCCGCAGACAGGGUCAGGAGCUCUGGCUCUGAGACAGAUAUACAGUCCAGCCAGCUGAGCCCAGAGUAUGAGGGUGUGGGUGCCCUAGAGGACGGGAGUCUCAUCUACCCCACAGAAGAGAGAGGGGAGGGGGAUGGGAAGGAAGCCCCACCUCAUCGGGCCCCCAGUGUCACUGCCAACACUCCCUUACCUAGUCAAAGGGCUGAUGGAGAGGAGCGCCUUGGCAGUGGGGGUGUACGGAGGUCAGAGAUUGAGGAAAGAGUCAGUAGUGGGGGCACACACAGGGGCUCCAGUGCAGGCUCUAGGGGAGGCAGUGCAGGAAAGCGGGAUGAUGAAAGGGAGGAGCAGGAUUUCUACAUGAAUCACAUAGCCCCCAUGUUGGACCUAAUGGCAGAGUAUAGUCAGAGUAAAGAUGCGGAGAAGCUUAUCUCACUAUCUGAGGAACUGUACCAGCUGUUACUGAAGAACGGCCUCCUGGUAAAGACUUACAAGCAGCGGUCGCGGAUCCUCAAGGCCAUCUUUAAAAUGCUGGACUUGGAAGAACCGAAACUACUUCUCCAACUUGCCAGGCUUAUUCUUGCUUUCCGAGUGGGUGGUAACAACCUGCUAAAUGUGUGCAAACUUGUGUUCAAAGUGAGCAGGAACGAGAAAAAUGAUCCUGCCUUCCUCGAUGGCAAUAUUCUAGAUUUACUAUUAGAGACGAUGAUCAGUGUUGAUGUUGUGUCGACACACGAGGCCCUGAUUUACUGUGUUGGGUCCAUGAAAUUCCUCACAGGAAACGCCACUAUAGCUAAACAGCUGGUGGGAAAACAGUGCAUAGAAAAACUCUCAACUUUGCUGGAUAAUAUCAUUAAAUUGUCCCAGGAGAGUGGGGCAAACACUGAACAGCUCGGCAACAUCCUCGUCCAGCUGACUGCAGCACUGCGCAAUCUUGCCGACGCCAGCUCAAGUCGCGACCGCAUACUCGGAUGUCGUCUACUGGAGAGUCUCACUGCGGCAUCUGAUAGCUACUCUGGCGACGCUGAGAUUGUGCUUAAUGUCUCAAGAAUAUUCAGCAAGGUGACCCUGCACACAGACUGUUGUCUGGCGCUUUCUGGUUACAGCCUCUCAUACAAAGUGUUCCUACAUCUUCUCAAAAAACACCUCAAACGACAGGAUAUAGUUGUGCGAGUAUGUUUCAUCCUUGGCAACAUGACAGCAAAGAACGACGAAGCCCGAGUCUGCCUGUACCAGGAAUCAAAGUCAUUAGAAAUUGUACUCUCAGUAUUGAAGUCAUACUUGGAAGCAGACUAUAAGUCGCACAGUAAGCCAGAGCGUAAGUCCGGUGGCAGUAAGGACGAAAUCAGCAAGACAGAGGACGUGCUGGUCAAGGUCGUACGCGUUAUAGCAAAUAUCUCCAUCAACGAAACUGUCGGCCCUCAGGUCGCAUCUAGCAAGGCCUGCGUGGAACUAUUGAUACGAAUACUUGACUACAAGGACGUUGAGACAAGUGAGGAGCUAGUUUUAAACACAGUGGCCUGUAUCAACAACCUGUCAUACUUCAGUGACAAAUCCAGCGCCAUCACACACCAUCAGAUCAGGCUAUGUGACUGCUUAAUGAAGCUGAUCUUAGCAGAGAACAUGAUGAAGUCAAUAGUGGAGGUGUCACGAGUGUUUGGUAAUCUGACCAGGCAGAAACAGGUCCGAGACUACCUUCACAAAGAGAAAGUGGAUGUGUUGUUAUGCACGCUACUGGACUCCGGAGACAAGGAGGUGGUGUACAUUGCCUGUGGGGUGCUUAUCAACUUCAUGGUGGAUGAGGAAAAACGCACCAUGCUCAAGAAAGAAAAGGGCAUCAGCAAAUUGGUAGAGGUGUUGCGUGACUGUGGACGUGGAGACUGGGAGCUGGCGGGCAUGGUCUGUCAGACCCUGUGGAACUACAGUGGCAAGAUUACCAGCACCAAUGCCUGCUUCGGUGAGACAGAGUCACAGGAGCUGUCAGAGAUACUUAUUGACUUUCUAGACAAGGAGAGUGCUUUUGACCCUGGUUUUGAGCAGAUGGAUCCAGAGUUCCAGGACUAUAUCCUCGACACCUGGGAAAGUCAGUUCUGCCCCGUUGCUGACCAGCUGCUACAGCGGAUAGAGACACAUAACUCCGACUUCGAACCUCUAUAGGAUAUCCCAUUGGUCAUCUUUAAUCCUCCAGAGGUUAAUGAUCUCCACAAUAUGUUGCCCGCAUAAUCUUGCUAUGCAGGGAUGGGAUUUACUGCAGGCUAUCUGUUGUAGCACUCAACAUUGGAAGUUUUAAAGGUUUUGGCAUGCAACAUUCCAGAGAGAAGGCUUUGCAGAAAGUUUUAUGCAAGAACUACAGGAGUUUGUUUGUUUAAAAAUGCGAAACUGUUAAAGCUCGGGACACUAAUAUCUUCAUAGCACUCUGUUUUCAUUGGCUGUGGUGAAUAUUUAUUGCUUGAAAUGAAAGUGACAGUCCAUUGGAUUAUUCAAAGAAUGAAGACAGUGUACAGACAGCAACUUUCAAGAUUUUGAGUUUGGGAUGUUUAUGCCUGAGUAGUAAUAGGCAGAAAUGGUCUAUUUUAGGCUCAAUUUAGCAGAUACAUUCUUAUCUCCCAUGUCAGAGGUUUCUUAUUUAUGGAUUGACAUUUCCGGUGACAUGUUUUUGUAACUCAUCUAUGAAAUUAGUGGGAAUGGGACCAAAUAUUUUGAAUACUGCUGGAAAAUGUUUUUUUUAAAAGCUUCAGAAAAAUAAACCAUAUUUUGGAAAUAACAGUUAGAUAUUAAUGAAAUAAGUGGGGAAAAAGUGUUUUAUUUACAUGAACAUGAUUUCCUUGUUACAUAUCAUUUAUGGUUGUUUGUAUCUCACAUUGACUCCGUCCAUAUUGUUUUCGUUACAGUACAAGUUGAAGUGACCACCCUGUUUUCAGGAUUUAUUAUUUGAUGUUUGUUGCUAUUAGGAUUUUUGAUGUCUGUUGUUACUAGUAUUUUAUUUGCAAAGUUUAUUGCUCUUGAAGAAGAAAAAAUAGAGUUUUCUCCAUAGCACUGGUGUUGUCCUUGUCAUUAGCAUGCAUAAAUGUCAGCCAUUUAACAUAUUCCCAUGAAACUUUGCCCACAUGUUACAAGUGACAAUUUGUAGUUGUAAAUCAAAGUCCGUAACUCUUGAUUUCAUAAUUAUUGAGUUUUGCCCCUUGAUUGACUGGAGAGAAAAAAAGAGGCAAGUGUUGGCACUGCUUGCGAUGCUUUUGUGUUCUAGUGGAGUUCUAAGACAUUGGGCCGAUUGUUCAGAACAUUGUUAAAGUUAACAGCAUCGUUGUUAACUUUAAAACGUGUAAUAUUUGAAUAUGUGCUAACAUGUUUAAACAUAAACCUGUACAGCUAAAACAUUGUCCCAAAUCUCGAAAGGAACACAGCAGAGUAUACACUGUAACAUACAUGUAAGUGUAUCAGAGCAAUAAAGAUAUGAAAGUUAACGGCAAAAAUGUUAACUUUAACAACAUUAUGAACAAUCAGCUCACUGUAUGUAUUUCUAGAUGUCAACUUGGGACUUAAUAAAUUAUUCAUUUAAUUAUUUAAUUGUAUAUUCUUUUCGUUUCAUAUUUAAUUAAGCUAACCGAAAAAUAGUAAUGUAUAGUAGUGGUUGCUUUUAAUGCAAAUAGUUCCAAUGCUCAUUGUGUGGUUAUAACAUUUGGUAACCUUGACCAUGAUCAUGAAUUGCCAUUCUAUAUUUGCUUAUUUCUGAAGCUUUCUGUGACACCUUGUCAAAAAGUGGCAUUAAUAUUUAUUAUGCAGUAUUUGUUUGCUAUAUGAUAUUCAAAUACCAUUGCAAAUUACAUGUAUGUUUAGCAUAUACAAUAUGGUGAAGAGUCAGUAUACAUGUAUGUACUUGUUAUACAUUAUGAAUCUGUGGCUAUAAUUAUAACAAACAGAUGGUUGUUUGGUAUUGUUUAAAGCUGCGCUCUCACAGACUGACAGUUUUGACAUACAUGUAUUUUAAAAACAAAUCCCCCAAAUCAGCAGAUUUUGACUUCAAUGCCUUCAUUAAGUCAUAUAAGAAAACUUACAACAGAUCUUAUCUCAAUUGUUUGGAAAAAAGCUUAGAAAAUUCAUUUAUCUGAGAGCGUUAAUCAUCAAUUUUCGAACGUAAGUAUGAAAAACUGCGAUCUGAUCUUUUGUCAGCAGUCUUGUUACAUUGGUUUCAAAACAUUUACGCAAAAAUUUGCUAAUUUCUAGACAAAAAAUUAACAGGUUGUCACAACGGUAAAUCUAUGAGAGUGCAACCUUAAAUAACAAUGUACCAAUAUAUGUGUAAGGUUUAUUAAAGCUAUGAGUAGUACUACACAUCCUCAAGAGAGAGUUCAAAAUGCCUGUAGAAAUAUAAACAUGGCUUCCAUACAUGAGUACAUCAUGUAGCAAUACCUUGAUUAUCUAUGAUAGAGUAGAAGAUACCAUUUUCAGUGAAAUAGAACAUUAUUGAAAUUUCUCUAAAAUGACAUUGUAUAAAUUACCAUGUUCAUUUGUUUGUAUGGAAUUUCUCCCCAAAUGACCAUUAUAUAAAUUACCAUGUUUGUAUGAAAUUACUCCCCAAUAAGGGUUAUAGAAAUUACCUCGUUUGUAUGGAAUUUCUGCCCAAUAACGGUCAUUUAAAUUACCAUGUUGUAUAGAAUUUCUCUCAAUUAAGUAACAGUUAUAUAAAUUGCCACAUACCUUUGUUUGUAUGGAGUUUCUCCAAAAUGAAAGUUAUAUAAAUUGUCUUGUUCAUUUGCUUAUAUUGACAUCUCCAUUAAUUUUAAUGUGGCAUUUAAGCAUUGCAUUCAGUUCAUUUUCUAGAUAAAAAAAUGACAUGUUUACUUCAUUUACAUAUUAAUUAUACUGUUAUUUAAGGAUUGGUUACAUUUUUAAUUGGCAUUAAUGCUUCUUGGUCAUUUGCUUGCUCGCCCAACUGCAUUCAUACAGCAUAAAUGCGAUCAAUACAGAGAAUAUUAUAUAAGUAGUCAUACAAAACAAAUUUUAUUAAAUUAGUUUUUAAAAUGUUUAGUUAACAGGUUAAAUUAAUGACGAUGUUUGCCUCGUCAUUUAUGAUUAUUUUUUUAUCUUGUGGAGUUUUCCUUUUGUCGUGGAGUUUUCCUUUUGUCUUUAAUCUUGGAAUCAUUUAAUACUUUUAUGUUGGGAAAAAUUAACAUGUCAUCUUGUGCAAUAUUGAAGUAUCAACAUCUUCCAAAUAUUUCUAAGCAUAAGUUUUGGUAGGAAUACAUUAAUUGAUUAGUGUUUUGUAUGUUGUUUCUUGAUACAUGUAAUAUAUCUUUGAGAUCAAGGAUUAAAGACUUGCUCUCAAAUAUUUUAACUUUUAAUUUAAUUUGUUUGAGUUGGUCUAUUUCUCAAACAAGCAAGAAAAAUUACUGGGCUAAAUUCGGUAAUUGUUGAAAACUGAAUUGAAUAGAUAAAUAAGCUGAAUAAAUUGUCAGUUUUAUGUAAAAUAAUAAAAAGCAUCCAUCUUUAAGUUACGAUUACAAUCUGCGAGAAUAUAAUGUCAAAAUAUGUGCUGACUCAGCAUUCGUUUUCUACCAUUGUAGCUUUUUUUUUGUCACAAGCAGUAUUAUUAAAUUUGGGAUUGAUUUGUUACAUAAAUUAUUGUUCAAAAUUAGUUUAUGUCUGAUAGAAUUGCAGUAUUUUUCAAUGUGAGGAACAUUUAAAUUGAUAACUGAGCACUUGGCCCUUGUUGAAUUUUUAUCAGGUGAAUUGGUUGAUUCAAACUGAGGCUGGGUCAGUUUACAAAAUAUAAUAUAAUUUAACAAAAUAAUGUUCUGUUAAAGACAAUAUAAUAACAUAGUCAGAUGAAGCAUUCUAUGGUGGCAGAUUGGUUAUCAAUUGUUUUCACAUUAGCUUGACGCUAAACAUGUUUAACUGCACAUUUGUUUAUGCUUUUCAUUUACAAACACAUAUAUUGUGUUUAUUGUCUGUUGCUAUGAAUCAAUGUUACAUUAUGCAUUAAUCUGUUUUCACCUCACGUCAAGGGUCUUAUAAUUUCAAUUAUGUAAACGUGUGAUGUUCUGUUGUUAUAUUGCUAUUUAUUUAUUAUUGGUUGUUUUAUAAAUCUAUUAUUGUACAAUUAUGUUUUUGAUGAACUGCCGUUUAAUAAA